AGCAACUGAAGUAAAAUACAAUUUGUUAAAGUCAGCAUGGACAAAACUCUGUUGGUGAUGCUCCUGCUCUCAGGUAUCUACGUCCACUCCACCUCCUUUCCUAACGUCUAUUACUUUAUCAAAAAGAACUUGACCUGGGAUGAAGCAGACAAGUACUGCAUCAAAGAGCACACAGCUCUAGCCCAAAUACAAAACAUGGAAAACGCCACCGCAAUGAUGAACAUUCAGACUGCGGGGUUCACAGACAAGGCCUGGAUAGGACUGUCAAACACUCCAGUAUGGACCUGGGUGGAUGGAGAACCAGCCACAUAUUUGAAAUGGGAAAUUGAUCAGCCAGAUAACAUUGACACGGAUGAGUAUUGUGUGAAAAUCAAUGGUGCAGGACGUUGGGGCCUUGCCAACUGCUCACUAAAGAAACCUUUUGUUUGUCAAGAUGAAGUAGAUUUAGAUAAAUUAUAUGAAAGUACGCGGGACAUGACUUGGAAUGAUGCCAAAACCAGUUGCAAAGAAAGUGGUAGAUUUCUGGUCACAAUCCCUGAUCCACAGGUGAAUUCUAAAGUAAAGUUAAAUGCACAAAAAACAGAAAUAUGGAUUGGCCUUAGCAAACCCAAACUCUGGUAUUGGUCAGAACCCGGAGAAAACCACUUCACAAACUGGAAAGAGGGACAACCUGACAACUCAAACGGAGAAGAAAGUUGUGCAGCCGUAGCAUUGAAAGAUGGAACCUGGACGGAUGAGCCCUGCAAUGCAAUUUAUCCUUUCUUCUGCUAUGGAGAUGUGACUUGGUGCAAGGAGCCCUGUGUAAAGUGGAACAAAUCAGGCAAUAGAGUCCUCAAAGCACGGAAAACAGUGGUGAGAGUGAGAAUCACGUCCAGUGCAAACAUGAAGUAUCCAACCUGCAGUGCGGACCUGCAGCGACAGUUGGAGGCGGCACUUGCUACUAAGGGAGUGACAGACUUCCAACUGACCUGGAAGAAACGGCCAGUGAAGCGCACAUGACAGAGUAGUAACAGGGAAAUGAUGCUUGUUUGCGCAAAUGAGAGUAACUCCCACAAAGAUGCAUCGCAACAUAAAGGUUGAAAUGAAAGAAGAUUUACUGUCUGUAUUUCAAGUGACCUUGGAAAUACAUUAUUGAUUUCCCUUUUCUGCGAUUAAGGAUGAAAUCAGAAAAGUCUCACUUGUUUUUGUUUUUCACUUAAUGUGUGACUUAGAAAUGAUUAUGACUCAUAUAGCCAUCAUCAAUGUUACUGUAUCACAUAAUACUGAAUAUGGUUUUCCUUAAUCAGUUUUUGCUAACUUAUGAUUUACAAUUGAAGUUUGUGGCUUUGCUUUGUAAUAUUAUGGAUAAAGAUGUUAACUCUUUUUAUCAACCACUUGUAUAAGUAAGCAAACAUUUACAAUAAAAAUGUUAAAGAGG